UGGGUCGCCAUCGCGAUGGCUUCCAUCUUGGCGCGUGGCAUUUACCCAGACAGCCCGCCCGCCAUGCAGACCAGAGACCAGAUCAAUCCGACUCUGAUGAUGAGCUGGUGGGCGACGGGCUUUUCGCUGGCCAUUAUCAUUGUCCGUCUGUGUGGCCGGUACAUUCGUAUGGAGCGCUUCUUUCCUGAGGAUAAGGUUGCCAUGAUCAGCGUGGUGCCGCUGGUUAUUCGCAUGGUGCUGGUGCAUUUCGUGCUGGUGCUUGGUACUAAUAAUACCACAACUGCGGGCUUGACUGAGCAGGAUAUUCGGAACCGCGAGCUGGGGAGUAAGCUUGUGCUUGCUGCGCGGAUCUUUUAUGCUAUCUUCAUCUGGACAGCAAAAGUAACAGUCUGCGAAUUCCUCAAGCGAGUCACAGGCCUCGUCUGGCGCCGCUCGGUCGCCAUCUUCCUCCGCUUCAUCACCUUCUUCCUAAUCUCAACCCUAGCCGCCGUGGUCAUCGCCACCCUAGCAGAAUGCCAACCCUUCGACCACUACUGGCAGGUAACCCCCGACCCAGGCCCAACCUGCCGAACAGGCUACGUGAAUCUAAUAACAAUGGGCACCUGCGACGUCAUCACGGACCUCCUCCUAAUUGCCUUCCCCGUGCCAAUCAUCAUGCUAGCCCAAAUGCCCCUAAAGCGCAAACUAGCCCUAAUCAUCCUCUUCUGCCUCUCCCUCUUCCUAGUCGCCAUCACCUGCUACCGCGUCCCAUCCGUCAUCGCCCACGCAGGCUCCCAGCAAUACCGUUCCCUCCUGGCAAGUCUGGAAAUUCUAGCCGCAACAGCUGUCUCGAACGCCCUCGUCAUCGGCUCAUUCGUUCGAGACCGCGGCGUCAAGAAAUUGAAAUACAAGCGCGAUCAGGGCUCCGCCUCUGUUUCAGAGAGUAUGGAUAAAUCCUUCGUGCGGAGGAAUACAGUGAUGCAGAACCAAUGGGGCAGCGACUCCGAUCUAGCCUCUGGACUGUGCAUCCGUCUCGAUCCGGAUACGUGUAUCAAUCCCUCGACUGCUGAUGGAUCCCUGAUUCCUCGUCCUGCACCUGCCGCCCUCCCUUCUAAUAUCCCGCUUGCGGUCGCCCGCACUGGCUCCAUUGAUCCCUCUUGGUCGUUUACGACCCGUUCUGAUGAUGAUCGUGCUUCCGCGGUCGAUAGUCUUGAUAUUAAAAUUAGUCCGCGAGAGUAUUUGCGGACUAAUACUUCGCCGAGGGAGUCAAGUGCUCAGUCGAGACGGGUUUCGUUUUCGGAUGUGGGUGGGCUUUUGACUAGGGCUUUGCCUGGGGAUUCUCUUGCGAGAGGGAAUUCAAGUUCCCAUACUGCUGUCCCUGUUCAUGCUCCUCUGCCUCCUUCUGCUGAGGCUUCACAGCGGAGAAGUGGCAGUCGGGCUUUCCUGGAAGAUUUGGGCAUUGUCACGCCGUUUUCUUCGAGGGGGGCUGGCCUUGGGAGAUCGAUGACUUUGCCUCACUCUCAGCCUCGACCUCAGUUACAUUCUCAUUCUCAUUCUCAAAGUCAGACCCGGACUCAGCCUCACGCUCAUAUCCUUCCGGCACACUGCUCUUCUUCGGAUAUCACCCUCGAUAAAGAUGUCGAGUUACAAGAUGUUGGUGGGCUGCUCUCAACACAUCAGAAUCAGAAACGUGACCGUGACCGUGACCGUGACCGUGACCAUGAUCGUGACAUUUGUUGA